CUUUUUCGUGUGUCAUUAGACUUGGUUGAGUUCCGGAAAUCACAAUAGAGAAGCGUGCCAUUUACCACCGCCGGAGAUAUUUUACUCCAUUCCAAUCCGUAAUAUCCAUUUCCACUGCCACACACUCCUCUUCUUCUUCUUCCUCCUGCUCCUCCUCCUCCUCUCUCCGGCGACAACCAUGGCUGACCGAAACCCUUCCACCGAUGACCUUGACCAGCUCCUCGACAGUGCUUUGGAUGAUUUCCAAACCUUCAACCUUAAUAAUUCCUCCGCUCAGAGGAGCGGGGAAGCAACUGUGGUGAAAAAGGAGGCACCUUCUCUUCCUUCUAGGGUUCAAGGAUUGGGGAUGGGUGGUGGGUUACCUGAUUUGAAAAACAAGAAAAAGGGGAAACAGAAGGCUCCCAAAGAUGCCCACGUCAGCGAGGCACUCGACAAGCUGAGGGAGCAGACCAAGGAGGCUGUCAAGGGUCUCGAAUUCAUGGCUCCGUCGUCGGCAGAUGAUUUCGGUAAGGAUGCCUUGAUGGAGGAUUGGGUCAAGCAGUUUGAGGACCUUGCUGGCUCUCAGGACAUGGAAUCUAUUGUGGAGACCAUGAUGCGGCAACUUCUGUCCAAGGAGAUUCUUCAUGAACCAAUGAAGGAAAUAGGAGAAAGAUAUCCAAAGUGGUUGGAAGAGCAUAAAUCCAGCUUAAGCAAAGAAGACUAUGAUCGUUAUUCACAUCAGUAUGAACUGAUACAGAAUCUGAAUGAAGUCUAUGAAAAUGAUUCUGAAAACUUCACCAAGAUUGUUGACCUCAUGCAUAAGAUGCAAGAAUGUGGACAACCACCAAAUGAUAUUGUCCAAGAGCUUGCUCCUGAUUUUGAUCUAGCCAGUCUUGGCCAGAUACCUCCAGAAAUGAUGGACUCUCAGACAAAUUGUUCUAUAAUGUGAAGCAAUUUCUUCCUCCUUAUACUUUGGCAGCUGCUGGUUUUUCAGAUUCUUAGGAACAUUUGUUUUUUAACUUGUUAGAAUAAGAAGGCUUUUAUGCAUUACUAUUUUCCCCCUUUGUCUACUCAUAGUUAAGCUAAGUUUGUAUAUUAUAUCAGGGAUUUUGUAACGUUUUGUGACAGCAAUCAUGGUACUAGUUAUUGCUAGUUGCCCCCACCAAAAUUUUCUUUCUGAUUUUUUUAUAAUCAUUUCCUAUUUAGUUGCUGGAUGUUUGAUUAAUGUUUUUUGCCUCGUGAAUUAAUAAUAAUUUUCCAAUGGCCUGAGGCAUAAACUAGUA